CACCCCGGCAGCCUGCGAGCAGCGGUCCGGGAGCCGCCCUGAUCCCCUCGUCCGGGCUGGGAAGGAGGCGCCGCCAGUUCAAAGCUCCGCGCACCCCCGAAGGGACGUUGGGCGGCAGCGGAGGCCCCCGGAGGCCCCCGGAGCAUGGAGCCAGCAGGCCCUGGACACCAGGCUCCGGCGUUCUCGGCCUGGCCUUACGGGGACGGGAACAGGACGGAGGGCCUGAGGUACGUCAUGGACAGAGACCAGGAGGACGAGGAGGGCGUCGCCUUCAACAUCUUCAUCCUGGCUCUGACCGAGCUGGCCGGCCUGGGCGGCUUGGUGGGGAACGGCCUGGUCCUCUGGCUCCUGAGCAGCCACAUCCAUCGGAACAACUUCUCCAUUUACCUCCUGGACUUGGCCAGCGCCGACUUCCUCUUCCUGUGCUGCCACCUGGUCAUCGCCAUCCCCGAAACCCUCCAGAACCACUUCAGCUUCCCCCACUACGUCUAUGACAGCCUCCUGGCCCUCCGCUUCUUCUUCUUCACGGUGGGCCUGAGCCUCCUGGGCGCCAUCAGCGCCGAGCAGUGCGCCGCCACCCUCUGGCCCGGCUGCUACCAGCGCCGGCGGCCGCCCCACACGUCAGCCGUCGUGUGCGCCCUGCUCUGGGCCCUCUGCCUCCUGCUGCACUUCCUGUCCUACGGCACGUGCGGGGAGCUGUCGGGGGGCGACGCCGGCACCCUGUGCGGCCGCAUCGGCUUGGCCAGAGUGGCCUUGCUCCUGCUGCUGCUGGCCCUCAUGUGCGUGUCCGGCCUGGUCCUGCUCGUCCGCAUGGAGUGCGGCUCGCCGCGCCAGCGGCCCCACAAGUUCUACGCCAUCGUCCUGUUCACGGUGCUCACCUUCCUCUUCUGCGGCCUGCCCUUCGGCAUCUACCGGCUGUCUCUGAACUGGCUGCGCAUCCCCCACUACUACUACUACCUCAGCGUUCUGAUGGCUGCCGUGAACAGCUCAGCCAAGCCGCCCAUCUACUUCUGCGUGGGCAGCCUGAGGCGAGGCCGCUUCCGGGAGCCCCUCAAGACUGUCCUGCUCAGGGCUUUGGGGGACGAGGACGAGCUGGCGGAGAGAGGAGAGAUGCUGGACGCGGGCCCCGUGGAGAUGUAGGCCUGGGCGGCCUCCCGAGGGGGCCGGACCUCCCCCUCGGCUCAGACCCAGCCGCAGCUGCUGCCCGGUCCCCUCGCUUCUCCUCUGGGGUGGGCCUACUGCCCAGCCUAGGGUCCCGGGAUCUCGGCGUGUCAGCCAGGACCCGGGCGGGUUCAUAGCACAAAGAGGCUCUCAUUGACGUAAGCCUCCCGCCCCUUGGCUAGGCAGAGGGAAGGCGAGGCUCCCCAUCUUCUUCCUGGGAGUCAGCACCCAUUCCUCAUUCGGUCUGAGACUCCCCAUCUUCUUCCUGGAAGUCAGCACCCAUUCCUCACUUGGUCUGAGACUCCCCAUGUUCUGUUCUGGGAGUCAGCACCCAUUCCCCACUCCACCCAAGACUCCCCAUGUUCUGUCCUGGGAGUCAGCACCCAUUCCUCACUCGGUCUGAGACUCCCCAUGUUCUGUUCUGGAAGUCAGCACCCAUUCCUCACUUGGUCUGAGACUCCCCAUCUUCUUCCUGGGAGUCAGCACUCGUUCCUCACUCAGUCUGAGACUCCCCAUGUUCUGUUCUGGGAGUCAGCACCCAUUCCUCACUUGGUCUGAGACUCCCCAUCUUCUGUUCUGGAAGUCAGCACCCAUUCCUCACUCCACCCAAGACUCCCCAUGUUCUGUCCUGGGAGUCAGCACCCAUUCCUCACUUGGUCUGAGACUCCCCAUGUUCUGUUCUAGGAGUCAGCACCUAUUCCUCACUCGGUCUGAGACUCUCCAUCUUCUUCCUGGGAGUCAGCACCCAUUCCUCACUCCACCCAAGACUCCCCAUGUUCUGUCCUGGAAGUCAGCACCCAUUCCUCACUCGGUCUGAGACUCCCCAUCUUCUUCCUGGGAGUCAGCACCCAAUCCUCACUCGGUCUGAGACUCCCCAUCUUCUUCCUGGGAGUCAGCACCCAUUCCUCACUUGGUCUGAGACUCCCCAUCUUCUUCCUGGGAGUCAGCACCCAUUCCUCACUUGGUCUGAGACUCCCCAUGUUCUGUUCUGGGAGUCAGCACCCAUUCCUCACUCGGUCUGAGACUCCCCAUCUUCUGUUCUGGAAGUCAGCACCCAUUCCUCACUCCACCCAAGACUCCCCAUGUUCUGUCCUGGGAGUCAGCACCCAUUCCUCACUUGGUCUGAGACUCCCCAUGUUCUGUCCUGGGAGUCAGCACCUAUUCCUCACUCGGUCUGAGACUCUCCAUCUUCUUCCUGGGAGUCAGCACCCAUUCCUCACUCCACCCAAGACUCCCCAUGUUCUGUCCUGGAAGUCAGCACCUAUUCCUCACUCGGUCUGAGACUCCCCAUCUUCUUCCUCAGAGUCAGCACCCAUUCCUCACUCGGUCUGAGACUCCCCAUCUUUUGUUCUGGAAGUCAGCACCCAUUCCUCACUUGGUCUGAGACUCCCCAUGUUCUGUUCUGGAAGUCAGCACCCAUUCCUCACUUGGUCUGAGACUCCCCAUCUUCUUCCUGGGAGUCAGCACUCGUUCCUCACUCAGUCUGAGACUCCCCAUGUUCUGUUCUGGGAGUCAGCACCCAUUCCUCACUUGGUCUGAGACUCCCCAUCUUCUGUUCUGGAAGUCAGCACCCAUUCCUCACUCCACCCAAGACUCCCCAUGUUCUGUCCUGGGAGUCAGCACCCAUUCCUCACUUGGUCUGAGACUCCCCAUGUUCUGUUCUAGGAGUCAGCACCUAUUCCUCACUCGGUCUGAGACUCUCCAUCUUCUUCCUGGGAGUCAGCACCCAUUCCUCACUCCACCCAAGACUCCCCAUGUUCUGUCCUGGAAGUCAGCACCCAUUCCUCACUCGGUCUGAGACUCCCCAUCUUCUUCCUGGGAGUCAGCACCCAAUCCUCACUCGGUCUGAGACUCCCCAUCUUCUUCCUGGGAGUCAGCACCCAUUCCUCACUUGGUCUGAGACUCCCCAUCUUCUUCCUGGGAGUCAGCACCCAUUCCUCACUUGGUCUGAGACUCCCCAUGUUCUGUUCUGGGAGUCAGCACCCAUUCCUCACUCGGUCUGAGACUCCCCAUCUUCUGUUCUGGAAGUCAGCACCCAUUCCUCACUCCACCCAAGACUCCCCAUGUUCUGUCCUGGGAGUCAGCACCCAUUCCUCACUUGGUCUGAGACUCCCCAUGUUCUGUCCUGGGAGUCAGCACCUAUUCCUCACUCGGUCUGAGACUCUCCAUCUUCUUCCUGGGAGUCAGCACCCAUUCCUCACUCCACCCAAGACUCCCCAUGUUCUGUCCUGGAAGUCAGCACCUAUUCCUCACUCGGUCUGAGACUCCCCAUCUUCUUCCUCAGAGUCAGCACCCAUUCCUCACUCGGUCUGAGACUCCCCAUCUUUUGUUCUGGAAGUCAGCACCCAUUCCUCACUCCACCCAAGACUCCCCAUGUUCUGUCCUGGGAGUCAGCACCCAUUCCUCACUCGGUCUGAGACUCCCCAUCUUCUUCCUGGGAGUCAGCACCCAUUCCUCACUCCACCCAAGACUCCCCAUGUUCUGUCCUGGGAGUCAGCACCCAUUCCUCACUCGGUCUGAGACUCCCCAUGUUCUGUUCUGGGAGUCAGCACCUAUUCCUCACUCCACCCAAGACUCCCCAUCUUCUUCCUGGGAGUCAGCACCCAUUCCUCACUCGGUCUGGGGGCCUGACAUUGCAGGGCUGAACCGUGGAGAUUCCUCAACAUGUUUAUUCCUUCCACGUCGCCACUGCUGCAGGUCAACAUGAGAAAUGGGGGGGGGGGGGGGGCGAAGCUACAGACAACACAGAAAAACGUUAGCGAUGCAGAAAUGCGUCCUUAGCCCAGAUGUCACAUUAAGGUGCACCAAACACCCCAGACAGACUUCUCUGGCACAGAGGGAGGACGGAAAAAUGGCCCCGGGGUUUUCCAGGUCUCCAGGGUGCUGCGCCCCGAACCCGGCCAGGUGGGUGGGAGAGCUGGCUGGAUCGGACCUCUUUCAGCAGGGAUAAACAGUUGAGCGAAGCACUUGGCAGGAGUCACUGCCCUUGAGCACGGGCGCCCCCCAGAGGGGCGCUCCAACCCACUCGGCUUCCCCCACUCCAAGCGAGUUCCUGGCAACCAGCUCUGGAGACCCCAAAGUCUGUCUCUUCUCCCGCAUCCCUGCCGUGAGACAGCGCCCCAGGCCAGAAGGCCCCCCAUGCCCCUCCUGUGCCCUGGCCUUAGAAGCCGGGACACGGUUCCCCUGCCCCUGGCCCGGGUAGGUAAGGCUACAGCGGAGACAGCCAGCGGAGGGGGUCGUGCAUCCCGCUCCGGGGCCUGGGCUCUCGCCGAGGAGCAGAGAACCGGCCCCCCACCUUGUGGCCCAGGAAGCAAUCUUGGCCCCAAAGGGGGAGAGGGAGGGACGGAGCCUCUGCCACGGCCCGUCCGAAGCACGACGGUUCAGAGGGGAAGAAACAAGACUUGGGUGCUGGCCUCCCGGGUCUGCCCCGCUCUUGCCUCGUCCCACCUCCCGUCCGCAGGGUGGCCGGCCUGUGCUUCCAGGCUGAGGCCACAGGCCGCUGCCUCCUGGGGCGCCGCCGCUUGGCAUUUCCUUGUGUCAAGGUGGAACACGACUGAUGUGGGAUCAGAGCCCACAUGGAGCCAGCAGGGCCCCCAGAGGCCACGAAGCCUGAAAGGAGGCUUCAGAAGCCGGUCAGCCAUCAACAAGCCCUUAUGAAGCGCUUGCCGAGUGCCAGGCACUUUGGUGACCUCCAGGCUCACACGAGUAGGGUCUGAAGCUCUGACCACCUCUUUGGCCCUCUACCCACCAUGCAAUGCGGCCUCAUCCUCCGGGGGGGGGGGGGCACACAACGGACGAAUUCUUCCCCCAGCAGCUUUUUAAUACAAGGCAGAGGCUCAGAGGGAUGAGGGGAAGGACAUGGAGAGAGGGGACACAACCAGUAUGGGCCUGAUGGCCGGCUCUCAGACCCCAGAAGGAGGCGAGGAAUGGGAGCCAGAGAGGAUCCUUCCCAAGACCGCCCCAUGACUAGAGCUGUCUAGGAUUAGCCCAGACCUCCUCUCUCCCCGGGCCUUCAGCCCCUCCACCCCGAGGCAGUUCCCCGAUUUGAAAGAGGGCAACCCCCCCCCCCCCCCCCCCCCGCCACCAUCGUCCUCUCUCUGUCGCCACCGACAGAUGCUGGGAAUUGGCUGGUAAGAUCCGGUCCCACCCAGGGCUUGGGAGCUUCCGACAUGGGACCAGAGCGGACUCUGGCGGCUCUCUUGUUCCAAUCACUGCUGAAAACAUGAGGUGCCGUCGGGGCGAGCCAGACCGUGAGGCCCUCGACUAGAGAGCCCCGUCCAAGUGCAGCCACUGCCUCUGAUGACCACCAUCAAGGCUGGCCCUUCGACCAGCCCUCCGGCCUCCUAAGUGCACACGAGCCUCCCUCAGACGUUGUCGUCAUCUCUUCCAUGAGAAGAGCAUGAGAGAGACCUUGUCAAGGGCUCUGCUCAGACCUCAGUGAUCUCUGUGUGUGUCUAGUUAUCCUCACACACACACGUGCACACACGUGUGCACACACGCACAUGUGUGCACACAUGGCACUACCAAUGCUUUAUUGCACCAGGAGACUGUUUCCAGUGUCCCCUCCUUGCCUGACAUUCCUGGUCUGGCUUUCCUCGGUCACUCUAGAAUCUCGCCCACGAAAGCGCCCCCACACGGGCUCUGCUAGGUGCCCCCCUCGACCCCUCCCCAUCUGAAAUGUGCCGUGUGUGCUUUUCUGGUCAGGAAGUUCCUGUCCUGGUGGCUUUCGGGCGCCCCCUCUGUCUCUUCUCCUCCCUCAUCUAUGUAUUCGGGCCACGCGUGAUGUGAUGACGCCCAGGCCCGGCCCUUCCUGCUCGCCCUCCCCAGCCGACACUGGGGGCCCAGAGAGGGGGUCAGAACAGCCGACGGCCCCGCGGCCUCCCUCCUUGCAUUUGCAGUUUCUUAGGCAUGUUUAUAAGUAAUUCUUGUUCUAUUGCUCUAGAAACUGGCUGCCAGCCGCACAAUGACUUCAUCGUUGGGGGAAGAGAUGUCUCCUUCCUUCUCCUGUCUCUAAGCUCUGGAUUCCACCCGGCCCUUUGGAGGCUCUGACCUCACCCGGAGGGAGCUGCUGCCUCCCUGGGACAAAGCUCAAGAGGGUGGGGAAGCCCGGAGGUGGGCUGGGGUCAGGCUUAGGCUCUUGGCUGUUCCUACAAGCGGAUGUUUAUUUAUUUAUUACUCUGUUUAUUUAUUAAAGAGAAUCGAACCAUG